UUCCUUAUCAGAUCAGAAGCUAGUUUACAUGAAGCAGCCAUUUAAGCUAAGAUAGCUUUUCUACGCGGUGCCAGCUGAGGACGUCAUACUGGAGAAAAAUCCAUGUACAUCACUAUACAUAUCUUUUCUCUACAUAUUGAGCUAAGGUGCCGAUUGAAUGGAAAGAUUCUUAUAAUUUGGUUUAGAUGAAGUGCUAGUUAGAAUGAGACAAAGUGAUGCUCUAGGUUUCCUCUAAUUGGAGCAACAAACAAUAUAAACUUACUUUUCCUUUGCAGUUGGUUGUUGUCUGUAUAGUUUGAUGUCUCCUUCUUGGCAUAAAUAAAGCCAUUCAGAAGAAACACGUAUGGACUUAUGUUUGUUCUUCUGGGUUUUAACGUAUCAGCUUGUUUUUUCCACGGUGUCACCAAAGUAAAGAUUAUUCUCAAGUGUCAAUUCUCACCCCUUAUAAACUGGAUGGUGCUAGGAGCAUGCCUAUGGCUAAAAACCACUCUCCCAUUCAUUAAAUCAUGGAUUCUUCUCAGUCAAUUGAGGCCUGUGCCAAGAAAGAGCCUCAUGCAACUGCCCAGGAAGAGAAAACUUCAAAGAAACUAGCCCGAGCUCAGUGGCUUCGAGCAGCUAUCCUUGGAGCAAACGAUGGUUUGCUUUCCACCACAUCCUUGAUGCUCGGUGUGGGUGCAGCUAAAGAUCAAGAUCAACGGUCUAUGGUUCUUUCUGGAGUAGCUGGAGCUCUUGCAGGUGCCUGUAGCAUGGCUGUUGGAGAGUUUGUCUCUGUUUCAACUCAACGAGACAUUGCAAAGUCCAUUUCUUACGAGUUAAAAGGAAGCAGUCCAACUAAUAUUGCAGAAACCAAGGAAGGUGAAGUUCCUCAUGACAUGUCCUUUCACAGUAUAUUAGCCACUUCAACACUAGGUGGAAAGCUUCUAUAUGAAUCACCUGUGCAUAUACAGUCAAAUUCUUUGACACCUGCAAGAUCUCCAAUGACAAAAAUUAUGGAAAUUGAUGCAAGAAGAACCAUGAUGGAGGAGUCAAAAGAGGGGAAUGACAGAAAAUUAGAGCCACUGCCUAGUCCAUUGAAGGCUGCAGCAGCGUCGUCUACGGCUUUUCUCUUUGGAGCCUUUGUUCCUAUGGUGCCAGUUUUAGUGGUGAGUGAAAACAGAAUCAGGAUUUUUGUGACGGUGAUUGUAGCAUCAUUGGCUCUGUGUUUAUUUGGGGGAAUUGGAGCUUAUCUUGGUGGUGCAUCAGUGAAAAUAUCUGCUAUGAGAGUUUUACUUGGAGGGUGGAUUUCAAUGGCUAUCACAUAUGGUUUACUUAAGCCCUUUGAUAAUGAUGAUUAGUACAGGUUUAGAUAAUAUUUGGUUGAAGUUGAAAAAAGGAAUAGUAUUUGAGGUUUUAGGUGGGACAAAAGUAAUCAUAAAAGAUUGUUAUUACUGUUAUAUAUAACAUUGU